UCCCAUUUUUAUUAAUUCUCUGCACUCCCUCCAAGACAGAAAAUUUCGACUUCUGCACAUGGGUUUUGCUGUUGCGGCAAUGAAGAUGGUUCAUCGUGGUUAUAUUGUUGUCCUUUUGGUUGAACUGCUUGUUUUCUGUUCUUUCAUGGCUUCCUCCGCCACAAGCUCGAAUGACAUGUCUACUGCCAUUCUCAUAAGGGUUGACCAGUCUGGAAAUGGAGAUUAUGGCAAGAUUCAAGACGCCAUUGAUGCUGUUCCAUCUAAUAACUCACAGCUUUAUUUCAUCUUGGUCAAGCCAGGAACAUACAGAGAAAAGAUUGUUGUGCCUGCUGACAAGCCCUUCAUAACAUUGAGUGGCACACAGGCCUCUACUACCAUAAUAACAUGGGGUGAUGGAGGGGAGAUAUUUGAGUCUCCAACACUCUCCAUAUUGGCUUCUGAUUUUGUUGGAAGAUAUCUCACAAUUCAGAAUACAUUUGGGACAAGCAGCAAAGCUGUUGCAGUAAGGGUAUCGGGCGACAGAGCUGCAUUCUACAACUGCAGGAUCCUGUCUUAUCAGGACACUCUCCUGGAUGAUGCUGGAAGACAUUACUACAGAAACUGCUACAUUGAAGGAGCCACUGAUUUCAUCUGUGGAAGUGCUGCUUCUCUCUUUGAAAAGUGUCACCUGCAUUCACUCUCUGAAGGAAAUGGAGCCAUCACUGCCCAACAAAGAGGGUCUACUUCAGAGAACAAUGGCUUUACCUUCUUGGGCUGCAAGAUCACAGGCGUUGGAACUCCUUACCUUGGAAGGCCAUGGGGUCCUUACUCUAGGGUGGUGUUUGUUCUAUCCUUCAUGUCCAGUGUGGUACAGCCACAGGGAUGGGAUGACUGGGGAGACUCCAACAAGCAAAGCACAGUAUACUAUGGCGAAUACAAGUGUUAUGGUCCUGGUGCCAAUAGAACGGAAAGAGUUGAAUGGUCGCGGAGCCUAUCAAGCGAUGAAGCCGUACCCUUCCUGACGAAGGAGAUGAUAGGAGGGCAGGGCUGGCUUAGACCUGCACCAACCUACUUCAUGAGAGGCUCUAGUGUUAUCACCAUGAAUACUGAUGGAAAAAACUAG